GCUGCGCUGCCCGAUUUAUUCCCGUCCAGGAGAAGAAGUGAGAGCCCCCGGGUCUGAACCGCCGAAACGCCGGCUCCCGCGCCCGCGUCCGCCCACCAUGCCGGGCCCCAGUCUGCUGACCGCGAUCUGUGGCGCGCUCCUCUGCGCCUCCGGCCUCUUCGCCUUCUCCGGUGACUUCUGUGAUUCCAGCCAAUGCCUGAAUGGUGGGACCUGUUUGUUGGACCAGGAUCCCCAAAACCCCUUCCACUGCCUCUGCCCUGAAGGUUUCACGGGCCUCAUAUGCAACGAGACUGAGAAAGGUCCCUGUUUCCCAAAUCCCUGCCACAAUGAUGCCGAAUGUGAGGUGAUUGAUGAUGCCCACCGAGGGGAUGUCUUUACCCAGUACAUCUGCAAGUGUCCUCAUGGCUACACGGGCAUCCACUGUGAGAUCAUCUGCAACACACCUCUGGGCAUGGAGACGGGUGCCAUCGCUGACUUCCAGAUCUCCGCCUCGUCCAUGCACUUGGGUUUCAUGGGUUUGCAGCGCUGGGCCCCGGAGCUGGCCCGCCUGCACCGCGCUGGCAUCGUCAAUGCGUGGACAGCCAGCAACUAUGACAGAAACCCCUGGAUCCAGGUGAAUCUGCUGCGGAGGAUGCGGGUGACGGGCGUGGUGACACAAGGUGCCAGCCGUGCAGGCAGCGCUGAGUACAUAAAGACUUUCAAGGUGGCCUACAGCAGUGACGGACGCAAGUUCCAGUUCAUCCAGGGUGCAGGGGAGUCAGGAGAUAAGAUAUUUAUGGGUAAUUUGGACAACAGCGGCUUAAAGGUCAACCUCUUUGAGGUCCCUCUGGAGGUGCAGUAUGUGAGGCUGGUGCCCAUCAUCUGCCACCGGGGCUGCACACUCCGCUUUGAGCUCCUUGGCUGUGAGCUGAGUGGAUGCGCUGAACCCCUAGGCCUGAAGGACAACACCAUCCCCAACAAGCAGAUCACAGCCUCCAGCUUCUACAGGACCUGGGGCCUUAGUGCCUUUAGCUGGUAUCCCUUCUAUGCACGGCUGGAUAAUCAGGGCAAGUUCAACGCGUGGACCGCCCAGUCCAACAGUGCCUCUGAGUGGCUGCAGAUUGACCUGGGCUCCCAGAGGCGAGUAACUGGCAUCAUCACCCAGGGAGCCCGAGAUUUUGGCCACAUCCAGUAUGUGGCAGCCUACAAGGUGGCCUACAGCGACGAUGGUGUGAGCUGGACCGAGUACAGGGACCAGGGGGCCCUGGAAGGCAAGAUCUUCCCUGGCAACUUGGACAACAAUUCCCACAAGAAGAACAUGUUUGAGACGCCUUUCCUGACCCGCUUUGUGCGCAUCCUGCCUGUGGCCUGGCACAACCGCAUCACCCUUCGUGUGGAGCUGCUGGGCUGUUAGCAGGCGGGGGGGCCCGGCUAAAGUGACGGGCAGGGCCGUGGGGGCACCCGCCCGUCUCCUGGUCCUCCUGGCCUUCUGGGACCUGCUGCCUCCUCCUCCUGCCCUCCCGAUUGUAGCUGACCUGGGGGCGGGGGGUUCAGUCACCUCUCCCUCCCUCCUUCCCUCCCCCUUCCUCCCACAUGCCCCUGGUGCCCUGCCCUCAUGCCAUCCUGUUUUCUUAGGCAUAGUGGGAGUCUGAGAUAGACAGGGAAGGGUGAAGGCGGGGAUAUGGGUCACCUGCACCUCUCUGGUCCCUGCUCCCAGCUUCUUGCCUCCCUGGCCUAUCACCCACCCUCCUCGUUCCCCUGGCCCUGAGGCCCCAGCCCAGAGAGAUCUCUUCUUGCCCCUUAGCCGUGAGGCCCGAUGUCACCACUCCUGUUGCUGCCACCACGCCCCCCAACCGCUCUCCCUCUUCCCUCCAGGGACCUAUCUUGCCCCUUGUCCUGAAGCCUUGGAGGGUGGAUGUGGGGGGCCCUCUGUACCGAUUCUGCACCCCAGAGUACACAGGCAACUUCCAAAAUAUAUUUAUAUCACCCUCUGAA